AUGAAAACUCUCUUACUUUGGGGAACAAUCUUGCUGCUCAUAUGGCUUUGCGUGGCCGAAGGGGAUGGAGAAGGUAAAUCCACAACAGAAACAACGAGAUCAUCAACAACUGGGUCUACCACACAAACUACUGGAUCAUCAACAACUGGGUCUACCACACAAACUACUGGUGGUUCAACAUCUGAAUCCACAACGGAAAGCACCGGAUCAUCAACAACUGGGUCUACCACACAAACUACUGGUGAGAUAUCAUAA